AUGGCUGUGGCUUCAGAAUUGGGCGCAAACACCGCGCAAUCAACACCUGCCCUCAAUGUUGCCCAGGACCCGCUACCUGAGUCUCGAUCUGUGGUAGAGGUCCUGCCGCCUCAGAAUGAUUCUGAACCAAUCGUUCCUGCUACUCAGCCUGAGCAGAUUCAACAUGAGGCACAACCCGCCACUGGUGACCCAGGACAAAUAGCCCCCACUCCCCAGAUUGAGCAAGUGCAACAUGCUGCCCAGGCAGUCCUGGAUGUAACUGGGGGGCAGCCGUCGACUGUUCCGGCGCCCUCCCAUACUGAAUACGAAACGUUGUCUGAACACUUAACAAAAGAUCCAUUUGAUGGUGCUGCUUGGCAAGCGCUGACCACUCUAGCAGAUCAUUCCGGAGACCUGGAGAUGAUAUCGAAUGUCUAUGACCGUCUGCUAGAUGCAUUUCCCAAUACCCCAUCGGCACAAAUUGCGUACCUAACGCAUUUCUUGACCCCAACUAACUUCCCAAAAGCUGAAGCUCUGUUCUCCCGCUUCCUUCGUCCUUCGCCUUCUGUUGAAUUAUGGACGUUUUAUCUGAUUUACGUGCGCCGUGUAAACCCAAACCCCACUGAAACUGCAGCCCGCUUGACCAUUAAGAAAGCGUACGAGUUCGCCCUCAACCAUGUAGGACAUGAUAAGGAUUCGGGGGAGAUUUGGCGUGAUUAUAUAGAUUUCCUCAAAAGUGGAGGGACAAGUACCACAUGGGAUGCCCAACAAAAGAUGGACGCCCUUAGGAGUGCCUACCAUCGGGCCGUAGUUGUUCCGAUAGAGAAUGUUGAAUCUAUAUGGCGCGAACUUGAUGCCUUCGAAACUAAUUUGAACAAGAUCACGGCUAAAAAGUUUCUGGGGGAUUUGUCUCCACCUUACAUGACUGCGAGAACUACUUUACGAGAUUUGCGUCGAAUGAUGGAGCCAUUGUCGAUACCAACAAUCAAGCUUCCUUCAGCUGCUGUGACAUCACUGCCUGCUCUGAACUUGCCCGCACGUCCUACAUGGAUUGGAGAGUCUGACCGAUCACUUUGUCAUGCGUGGAAAACGUACCUCAAAUGGGAAGAGACCAAUCCGCUUGAUAUUGAUGAUCCCGCCGUGCUCCAAGCCAGAGUAUCAGCGGCUUAUAAGAAGGCUGUUAUCCGAAUGCGCUUUUUCCCCGAAAUAUGGUUUAUGGCAUCCACUUAUACGAACUCGAUCGGGAAAACUGAAGAAGCUGCGUCAGUGCUGAAACAAGGAAUGGAAGCUAACCGUACAUCGUUUCUCCUUCACUUUGCCUAUGCCGAGCUGCAGGAAUCGUUGGGCAAAUUCCCUGAGGUUCACAAGACAUAUGAUACUCUUUUAGCAGCGUUGCAUGCUCAGCUUGAGUCCCUUGAAACUUCAAUCAAUGCAGAGGUUGAGGCAGCUAGGAACUCUAUUCCAUCCACUGGUGCGAUCAAUGGCGAACUCUCAGCAGAACGAGAUGAACGCGCAAAGCAAGUUCUCGACCGUCGUAACAAGGAGCUCGAGUCCAUGAAGGGAGAGUUGGGGACGGUUUGGAUAAUGCUUAUGAGAUUCGCCAGGAGGGCAGAAGGGCUAAAGCCGGCUCGGACCGUUUUUGCGCGAGCACGGAAAGACAAAUUUUGUCAUUGGGGUGUGUACGAAGCUGCGGCGCUUAUGGAGUAUCACUGUACCAAGGCCGCCGAUGUCGCUACCAAGAUUUUUGAAAUUGGGCUCAAGAUAUUCGGAGAAGAUGCCGAGUUCGUUCUGCGGUAUCUCGGAUUCUUGAUAUCGAUCAAUGAUGAAAAUAAUGCCCGAGCUUUAUUUGAGCGGGUAAUACCCACGUCUUCACCCGAAGUUGCCCGUCCUCUGUGGGAACGCUGGGCUCGGUAUGAAUAUAACUUUGGUGACUUCUCGGCAUCCCAAAAAUUAGAGAAACGGCUAGCCGAGAUCUAUCCGAACGGUUUGUCGGCGCUUCUGCUCGUUUAG